AUGAGUCAUACAACAUCCCCUAUCACUCAGGUUAGUCCAGAAAUAGGUGAACAGAGCGGAAUAAUACAAAUGUCCGAAGACAAACCAAAGGUGCCCUCCAAAACAGAAGAUACGGCCCAGCAUAAAAAUGUCUCAAUUAACUCGACGAGUGAUGAUACGUCGACAACUUUGGCACCUAACCCAGGACAAACCACAGUAUCGGAGCCAAAAUCGGAAGUAGCAUCAAGAGUCACGCAGCGACCGCACAAAUCAUUUUUUUCCUUGUUUUUCUGUUGUGCAUGGAGUAAUAGCGCUAUAGAUGAUAGUGGGACUGUGAUCGCACCAACACCCAAUAGUCCUCCGGAUACCAUUGGCAAAAGUGCUUCAGGACAUACAUCGCCAACUAUUCCCCCUGUACUAGAGAAGGACGAAGAAAAAAUACCAGAACCAGAACAAGAAAUACCUCAGGAGCCAAGCCCACCUAUUGUUGAUCCACCCGAGGAACCUAUAGAAACAAUUGAGCCAAGAAGGAGGCUGCUGGAUCCAAUAAGUCCGGAACAUAUAGGGCGUAAAUGUUUGGUUUUGGACUUGGACGAAACAUUGGUACACAGCUCAUUUAAACAAAUUCUUCAUGCAGAUUUUGUCGUGCCUGUUGAAAUUGAAAAUCAAAUUCAUAACGUUUAUGUAAUAAAACGUCCAGGCGUUGAUCAUUUUUUGAGGAAGAUGGGAGAAAUUUAUGAAAUUGUUGUGUUCACCGCGAGUUUAUCAAAGUACGCCGAUCCUGUACUGGAUAUGCUAGAUCAAAGUCGUGUAGUAAAGCAUCGAUUAUUUAGAGAAUCAUGUUACAAUCACAGAGGAAAUUAUGUAAAGGAUCUAUCACAACUCGGAAGAGAAUUAAGAGACACGAUUAUAAUUGACAACUCACCUGCUAGUUAUAUAUUCCAUCCUACAAAUGCUGUGCCCAUAUCAUCGUGGUUCAAUGAUCCACACGAUACUGAACUAUUAGAUCUCAUACCAUUCUUAGAAAAACUGACCACAGUAGAUGACGUAACUAUGGUUCUGGAUUGUUCCAUUGAGGUUCAAUAG